AUGUCGUAUCCCCCAGAGGACAGCGGCUCGCCACCGAACCUCUCAUCGACGCCCACGCCCACGAGCCAUAUGCAAAGAAACGUGAGCUAUGGGUCGCAGUGGUCGCCGGCGGACACGCCUCAGCACCACCACCAAGGCACGUCGUAUUUCCCUGCCAACACGUUGCCAACCACAUCGAGAGCUCCACCUCCGAUUCUAGUCCGGAGUUCUUCAGCGCAUUCCGCAAGACGGGCCCACAGAAGCACGAGUGUCAGCAGCUCGCAGGCCACUGGUCGCGGGCAGAACGAGGACGACGUGCUGAGUGAGCUGGAUGAAGAGGGUUCACAAAGCUCGCCUUCACGUCGCAGACGUGCGCGAGAUCAAGAGGCCGACGUCGAGGAAGAGGAAGAAGAAGAAGAGGAAGGCGAUUCACAUAGCGACUCGGAGAGGGAAGACGACGACCCCAUUACUCUAAAGGACCGACAAUCCCUUAUCAAUGUAGAACACCCAUUCGGUCUCCCGAUUUGGAAGCCGGCUCUUUACAAAAAGUCCCGUUCGGUCACUCGCCACGCUGACGAGGCCCUUCAUUCGGUCCCUUCGGCUCAGGCGGAGCGUCAUCUACUUCCUGGAAACGUGUUCUGGACGAUUGCCUUCGGCUGGUGGCUUGCUGCUGUGUGCCUGGUGCUGUCGGGCUUGCUUUACCUCGUUCCCAAUGGUGGAAAGCAGUACUCGUCACUGAUAUAUGGACUUGGCUGGUAUUUGUUCUGGCCGUUCGGUAAAUACGUAGAGGGGGAUUUGGAAGAUGAAGACGUCCAUGUCGAAGGUGAUGAGGAAUCUGUCAACGAUAGACGAUCAAGCAAUGCCUCGGACGCGCCGACACUCCGGGCCAAUGGAGAUGCGCCGUCAGCAUUCCACACGCAAACUAUGUCAUGGAACCCGAUAAUCACCCCCUCAGAUGAACGUACUACUCUUCUGUCAACUACCCCGACAUCCUAUGGUGUUGCGCCCCAACGCCAGGCGUCUGAUUCAUCCAAUGGCUCCGUCGCGUUUGCUAAAGAACUCCGUGCCAGGAGUGUGCUGGCCACAGCUUGCUUCUGGCUGGCAUUCAUCUGUAUCAUCGCCCCCCUCAUGCUCAUCGUCUGCAUCUUCUGCUGGGCUCUCGUGAUAACCGUGCCAAUGGCGAAGCUGAACUGGGCUCUGAUCAAGCAUAUAUUCCACCGACCACAUUCUAUUAGGUUCUGUGCCGCACCCCAAAUGUUCUUAUCCCAGACAGUCGCUCCGUCUGCCAGUACCGAUGAGGUGACAGCAGCGGAGGCCCCUCCUACAGCCAUCAAACACCCGAGACUCUCCGCUGGUCAAGCCGCGCCAUCAGGUUCAUCCACCGUGCUGCUUUGCACAUACCGUGCUGUUGGUUGGAAGUACUACAAGUACACUGUUGGGGGAGUCAACAUCCUCUUUGUGAAUCUCAUUCCCGUCGUAUUUUUCGUGAUCUUCUGUGGCUUCGUUAUCAUGCCCAUGGUUGAGAGGAGGGAGCACGAAGGGAAACAUGUCCCUCCGGUUCUCGCCGCUCUGGGUUCCCAAGCACUCAUCUUUGUCAUGAGUCUGCUUAGCGUCAUUCCUCUAUCGUACUUCAUCGGUAUGGCCGUUGCAUCGAUCUCCGCGCAGUCAUCUAUUGGCAUGGGUGCCGUCAUCAAUGCUACCUUCGGUUCCAUCAUUGAAAUCAUCCUCUAUGGAAUUGCUCUAACACAAGGGAAGGGCCAUCUUGUUGAAGGUUCCAUCGUUGGGAGUUUACUUGCCGGGGUUCUGUUGAUGCCGGGGAUGAGUAUGUGCAGCGGAGCGGUUCGAAAGAAGGAACAGAAGUUCAACGCGAAGAGCGCCGGGGUAACAAGUAUGAUGUUAAUCAUGGCCAUCAUUGGGGCUAUGACGCCCACGCUGUUCUACCAGACUUACGGCAACUUCCAACUCGUUUGCAAUGGAUGCCCUGAAGGAGGUUCAGACGGACGUCCGUGGAUUUGUGACCAUUGCUACUAUCAGCACCCUGACCCAGUUGAUGAUCCUUUUUAUCAAUCCACUGUGAAAUCUCUCAUGUACUUCUGUGCCGCAAUUCUGUUAUUUUCUUACUUGGUCGGCCUCUGGUUCUCACUGCGCACGCACGCUACCCAAAUUUGGCAGAAUCCACAGCAACUGCUGCAACCCUUGGAUCUCCCUAUCCACAACCGGUUGUCUAUCUACCAGAAACUACUUCCUUCAGACCAAAGGCGACCGGGCUUGCAUCACAAAGCAAGUACAGUUACGAAUGAACCACCUUCCCGCUCUCAAACGCCCGUCCCUCGCGAGUCUUCCCAGCCUUCUUCAUCACGCAUACCGGCUACUUCCCCUUCCGUUCCAAGGAGAGUUUCUUACGCACCAAUCCCAUCCGCACCACACCUCGGCUACACACCCGUCUUGGAGACUGUUGAUCAGACAGUGAAAGCUUCCGGAAUUGCGCCUGAGAACAUGAACGCCGACGAUUUCACGAGAGCUGUGGCCGUUGCGACCGUUAGUGCCCUGCGACAUCAGCAAACUGCACAGUCCCCGGCUCGGUUGCGUAGUUCCUUGGAAGGCGAAGGUGGUAGCGGCCAUGGCGGUCACGAUGCGCCGGCUUGGAGUCGUACAACGAGUGCUAGUGUUUUGCUUGCAUGCACAGCAUUGUAUGCAAUCAUUGCAGAACUAUUGGUGGAUGUCGUCGAUGUCAUCUUGCAAGGUUCGGGCAUCGAUGAGAAGUUCUUGGGUGUGACGUUGUUUGCCCUCGUGCCGAAUACCACUGAAUUCAUGAAUGCUAUGUCGUUCGCGCUGAAUGGGAAUAUUGCACUGAGUAUGGAAAUCGGCUCGGCCUACGCUCUGCAAGUCUGUUUGUUGCAGAUCCCCGCAAUGGUCGCUUUCUCAGCUUGGUAUUCGCCUGAACACAUGGGAGAGAUUGCUUAUACCUUCACGCUCAUCUUCCCCCGUUGGGAUGUUAUCGCGCUGAUACUGUCAAUGUUUUUGAUGACGUACACGUACAUUGAAGCAAAGAGCAACUACCAUCGUGGAAGUAUCCUCAUACUCAGCUAUCUUGUCCUCGUUGCCGGGUUCUAUUUCGCCCCACCCUCACUCGCUGACGCCGAGGGAGGUCCGCUCUCGACCACCGUGUCGUCGAUCCCAACGCAAACAAUCACAGAAUCCAUCCGCUUGUUCUUCAAGACCUUGCAUUUCGGUGCCUGA